CUCGGGCUCGGGAGCCGACAUGGGCGCCGCCGCGUGGGCAUCGCAGCCCCUGCCGCUGCGUGUGUCUCUCCUGCUGCUGCUUCUGCCGCUCCCGGGGCUGCCCGCGGCCUCCUGGGACCCAGCAGGUUACGUGCUCUACUGCCCAUGCAUGGGGCGCUUCGGGAACCAGGCUGAUCACUUCUUGGGCUCCCUGGCAUUUGCAAAGCUGUUGAACCGCACCCUGGCUGUACCUCCUUGGAUUGAGUACCAGCAUCACAAACCUCCCUUCACCAAUCUCCAUGUGUCCUACCAGAAGUACUUCAAGCUGGAGCCCCUCCAGGCCUACCAUCGGGUCAUCAGCCUGGAGGACUUCAUGGAGAAGCUGGCACCCACCCACUGGCCCCCCGAGAGGCGGGUGGCAUACUGCUUUGAGGUGGCAGCCCAGCGAAGCCCUGAUAAGAAGACAUGCCCCAUGAAGGAAGGAAACCCUUUUGGCCCAUUUUGGGAUCAGUUUCAUGUGAGUUUCAACAAGUCGGAACUUUUUGCAGGCAUUUCUUUCAGUGCCUCCUACAAAGACCAGUGGAUCCAGAGGCGUGAGAAUCACUCCCCUGUUACCUUGCUCUUCACAAGGCGAAAAUUGGAAGCAGCUUCUAGAGAAGAACAGCUUCAGGUGCAGACUAAGCAAUGAUGUCAUCCUGAUAAUAAUUGGAUGUACUUUAUUAAUUGCACUCCACUAGGCCCUGUUUAAAAAAAAAAAUAGGUUAGCAGGGCAUAGGCACAUGCUGUGAAAUAUUUAUAGAGCGUCUGUCAUGUAUGAGACAUAGUACUCAAAGGCCAGGGGUGAUAUAUAAAAAUGAGGGAGACCCAGCCUCAGCUUUCACGGAGCUACCGUCUAGUUGUAAUGAUGAUAACUAACACAGUGCACUUGCCCUUGAUGCUAUAGCGUGGCAAGAAAGAGCGUGGGCUUAGAGGUCAGUCUCAGCUUAGGAGCUGUGAGGAGCUUAUGAAUUCAUGCGUGGUCACAGCACUUGGCUUUUAGUAAGCCCAAGAUAGACUGAUGUAGAGAAACGAGCACAGGCUCAGGAUAAGACAGACCUGAGCUCUGACCCAGCCCUGCGUCUUUCUUAGGUGACCCUGAGCAAGCCACUCCAGCUGUCUGGCCUGAGUUUCCUCCUUGGUUUAAUGGAAGGAGCAUUAUGGUAUCUGCCUCCUAGUGUAUAAAGCACACGGCACAUAGUAGGGGGCCUACCAGUGUUAGCUGUUGCUGUUAUUAUUCACAUGCUUUCUUUUAUUUAAGCCUUUGAGAAAUGUCAUGAAGUGGAUAUUAUGAUCAGUUUCCAUUAGAAAGGUGAGGAAACUGAGCUUGGUGAGGUAAAAUAACUUGCCCAAGGUAAUGCAGCUGUUGAGUGGGCAGCCGGGGUCUGUAUGUAAGUCUUUAAUAGCUAAUAAGAGCUAAUGUUUGUUUAGUACCUACUAUGUGCUAGACACAGUUCUAAGUCUUCCCCUAAGUCUUCUAAGGUAAUAGCUCCUUUAAUCCUUCCACCAGUCUGGGGGACAGAUGUUAUUGUCAUCUGUGCUUUACACGUAAGGAAAUGGAAGCAGAGAGGAGUGAAGUCACUUGCCCAAGGUCACGCAGCUUGAAGUGGCAGAACUGGGAUUUGAACCCAGGCUGACUCUAGAGCAUCCAUUCUCAGUCACUGUGGAGAAAACAGCUGUGCCUUUAACAGCUGGCAGUUCCUAUCUGAGACUUGCCUUCAGAGCUAGUUCAUGAGCUAGUGAGGAUACUCAGUCAUGGCAGAUUCCAAUCGCCCUCAUUGUUGAUCUCAGGACGUUCCCAUUUGAUCACUCACUUGAUUCUCCCCAUUCAGCUCUGAAUGACGGGAGCUAUGGCCAGAAGGCAGACCUGCCCUCCAAAGAUGGAGAUUUGCCCCAUUGACAAAAUGCCAGGAAAAAAAAAUGACACCAGCUCUAAAAGCAGCUCCAAAAGCAAAUUCCAGAAAGCCAAAAAAAAUCACACAAUCUUGGUUGGAAGAGAAGGGACAGUGCUGCGUGGACACAUCAGUCGGGGAAUGUUGCUGAAAUAUUUGUCCAUUGCCCCAUAGUCGUGUUUGAGUUCAUUGAGUUGUAGGAAUUGGGUGAGGCCUUGGGGAAACCUGUGCCUUACAGCCAAAUUUUGGGGGAAGGAAGAUUAGUAGGGAAGAUGAGGUCCCUGGAGGCAGUUUGAGAGAGUUAGGGCCACCUAGGCAGCCGCCUUCCUUCACUCCUUCCUUCCUU